AUGGGUACUUCCCUUGUCACCAGGGAGGUUGGUGUGAUAUAUAUUGAGAUGUUUAGGUCUCAUCCGAACUCGGUCACCGCGCCGCAGCGGGGGUGGUUCUGUAGAAAUAACGCCGGGUGUAACUUUGUCUCGGCUCACUGGAAAGAAGUUGGCAACAUCAUUCCCUGUGAUCACGAUGACAGUGAUGAAGGAACGAAUGAGUCAUUAUCCUACGACGACCUGAUGUUCUUCGACGGUCAGGCAGAGAUCGAAGGAAGGGAGGCCCUGACCAAGCUGGCCCAGCACCUCGCUCGGCUGCGACUGAUGGUGAGCCCACAAGGGCACUGUUUCCAGGAUGUCACCGAAUUGUGGGAACACAAAGACUUUGGAAUUCACUAUCUCCAACUGAACGAUCUUUUCAACUGGCCCUUUCAUGGGGUCAGCAUAGCGGGCCUCACCACGUGGCCAUGCUGCUUAUUGAAAUACACCAUGCCGAGUCGGGCGAAGCAGCUUGCCACGACGGUGACCACAAGAGGGGUGAGCAAGGAGAAGUACGAGGAGAUGAAGAGAACGGUGAAAAAGAAGGAGGAGGACCUGGAGAAGCUGAGGGAAGAGAUGGAGGAACAAGACGAUGAGCUUCAGAAGCUGAAGGAGGAGAUGGAGGGGGCGAGUGAAAAGCACGAGGCGGAGCUACGAGAUCUGGAGACGAAGAAGGACGAGGAGCUGCGAAGGCUGGCGAAGAUAAAGAAAGACGAACUCGAGACGCUGAGGAAAGAGAAGGCCGAACGCCACGAGCUGGAGCAGCAACGUCGCAAGCAAUCGUGGGCGAUAACAGCCACGACACGAUACUUUUUGAACGACACGGUUCUCAAGAGCAGAAGGCAGCCGGUGCCAUUGGCGCCUCCACGUGGUUCCCGACGACAAUAG